UCCUAUUUUGAGUUGAUAUCUUUUGUGUGUGCAUUUUGUUCUCGUAUUUAAUCGAUUUUUAUGCAGAAUGACAUCGUCUGAGAAGUACGAAGAGCUAGAGGAAGAAUUGAAAGCAUUAUAUGAGGAUGUAAAUACAAAAAUACUACACAGAAUACCUAAACUGAGCGGAGAAAAAAAGAAGUUGGCUAUAAGAGAGGUUGAAAAGCAAAUUGAAGAUGCGAAUAUUAUGAUUGAAGAUAUGGAAUUAGAGGCAGGUCAUGCACCAGGAGCCUAUAGAAAUCCAAUGACAUCCAGAGUUAGAUCAUACAAAAGAGACUUUGAAAAAUUAAGGAAAGACCUGGGAAAGCCAUCAGGAGGUCCGAGAGUUACAUUUGGAAGAGAAGAACUCUUUGAUUCAAAUCCAGAGAGUGAUCAAAAAUUUCGAGUUAACCAAGCCACAGAAAGCUUAAACAGAACAUCAGAAAGCAUAGCAAGAUCAACACGUGUUGCUGUAGAAACUGAACAAAUAGGAGGAGAAAUUAUUGAAGAUCUCGGUGAUCAACGAGAAUCCUUGAUAAGAACAAGAGAUAGGUUAAAAGAGACACACCAAGACUUGGGAAGGAGCCGAAGAAUACUUAACAGUAUGGCCAUACGAGUUGCAACCAACAAGUUACUUCUAUUAAUGAUCAUUGUUGUAGAACUUGCAAUCCUUGGUGCUGUGGUUUAUCUUAAAUUCUUUAAGAAAUAAGCUGUACAUAAUAUAAUACUAUCGCAAUCCAAUUAUUGGGAAAAUUAUUAAUUAGAAUCAAUGUACACAUCCAGUCCUUCAUGUUAAAUUGGAUUUUCUUUGGAUGAAACUCUUGAAAGAUGCAUAUUAUUUUGUAUGGUAUUGUACCAGCAACUGAACGAAAUAAUUGCUGACAUGUAAAUUAAUAUCAUCUACUAACAACUAAUAGUUACAGAUCAAUAUAUAAUUAGUUGUACUUGUGGUCAUCAAAUAACAAUUAGUUUCUAAAUACUAGACUCAGUCUUCAGUCAUAAGGAUUGCUUAUGCACCUGCAAUAACCCUGACGGCUGAAGACUGAGUCUACACAUCAACUGGUAUGUGUUUUUUACAUAUAAAGUACAACAACCUUAUCAUUUGUUCUUUUUUWAGUUUCAAAUGGGAUAAGUGGUGGCUAUUGAUAACAUUAUAUAGCUUAUAAAAAACAAAUGGUAACAAAAUCUAUGACACGCAUACAAAAUACACAAAUAAAAAAUAAUACAUUUUGCUUAUAAAAUGUUGAUAAUUUUAAAAUCAAGCAAUAAAAGGUGAAAAAGGUCGAUUUGACACAAUAAAAUAUACUUUUCUGGAAA